UCACCUCCAUACAAAAAGACGCAAGCAGAUACCAUGUACAGUGUGGAAGACUUGCUUAUCUCUCAUGGAUACAAACUGCCCAGGAGUGGCCCUGCCUCAUCCUCUGCACCUUACGACAAUCGGAACACCGACUGUCGGCGUGACAACGUGGAGAACCGACCCUCUGGUGGUGGUGGGGCCUUGAAUGGGUUUGGAACGGCAGAAGCUGGAGGAGAGAGCCGUACAGAAACAGGGGCCGGGGCCUACCGACCGACUCCGUCUGUAAAAGCGUAUCCUGAAAACAACAACAAUAUCAACGAGGGACCUGAACGAAUGCAAAGGAGGCUGGAAGUUCCUGUUGGUUUCCUUGGUGAUCUGCAGCCUCUUGGAGACUCACUUGCUACUGACAGUGGGUUCUAUGAUGCCCCCAGCUUGACGUUCUCUGAACACGCAGAUGAGCGAGAUAUUGCCUUCUGGAGAAGGAGAGGGCAAGACUUUAGUGCCCUUUUGGACUUUGCAGACCCUAGAGAAUUGCGUGUGUCUGGGGGGCCUUGGAGAGGCCCAGUGCUGGCUCCUGAGGAGCUAAGGACAGAAAGGCCAUUGGCAAGAUGGGAAGAAGUGCAGUGGAUGCGAGAGCCCAUAGACUCAGGCCCAGAGACACUACGAGUGACUGGAGAGAGGAAGUGCCAAAGCCUGGGCACGGAGGAGUGGCGUCCUGCAGUAGGUCUAGGCCGGCAGUUAUCUGAUGGAGAAGCUGAACGCUGGUCUCAGGAACAGCAGCACCGUUUGCGGCCCGUAGAGGGCAGUGUGCCUCCUACAGUCAGGAUGAAAUCUCAGUCACUGCCCCGAGUUCUGUCUCCAGAAGAUCCACAGUAUGCAGAACAUCCCCAAGCAGGUGCCUCAAGCCAGGCCCCUUCACAAAGAAACAACUCUGUCCCAUAUAGUCGAUAUCAUAAUGAAUGGCCACUGGGAGAACGGUGGAGUGGUCAGAGUCAAGGUCCCACUGCACUUGUGCCAAAGCCACGUUUCAGCCGUCCCAUAAAGCCCCCAUCUUAUGAAACACACCAGCAGAAUAGGGGCAGUUGGGAAACUCUUUCCUCUGAGCCAGUUUCAAAACCCAGAGAUCGGUCACUUUGCUAUCCUCAGAGCUUUGAUCCAUUAAGAGACAGGUCCGGAUGCUAUUCUCAGAGUGCAGAGCCAUUACGGGAUCGGUCCAUGUGCUUUUCACAGAGUGCAGAGCCACUGAGAGAUCGAAUGGUGAGCCAUUCCCAAAGUGCCGAACCACUACGAUUUGUUAGUCAUUCACAAAGUGCAGACCUGUUAAGAGAUCGCUUUUUAAGCCACUCUCACAGUGCUGACCUUUUAAGGGACAGAUCACUUUGUUAUAGCUCAGAACUACUUCGAGACAGGUCUAUGUGUUACUCACAGAGUGCAGAAUUACUGAGACCUGAGGCAUAUAGGGCAGAUUUGUUUUAUCAGGAACUGACUGGUAUGGAGCCCCCUGGUUACAUCCCACCCCCUUCUUACAGGAGAUUUCUGCCUCCCAGGAGUGGACAGAUUUACCGUGCUGACUCAGCCCUUGUCCGAUGGAAACGAGAACCAGUAAGUGCUGAGAUGGGUGAGUGGUUUUCAAGGACAGCAGGAAUGUCAUGGUCAGAACGUCAGGAGGACAGGAGUAUGGCAGUUGUUCCCAGACGGCCAGUGCAUCCAGGGCCAGUUGUACCAAGUCGACCUGUUCAAUACGUCCAGUUUGAAGACCAACGUGUUAGGCAUAUCUCAGGGGGGCCCAGUGGAAACUCACUCACAGAUGCAGACAAGAUCCGACAUGUCAACAAAGAGCUUCCCUGCACUGCAGCUUUAGGACAAUCCACACAUGAUAGUGCCUUCCUCUCUCCACAGGGGCCGAGCACGGACACUCACAAACCAGCUCUCAGUGAACAGGAGAAUGCUAACCGAUGGAACAGAGGGUUAAACAAAGGCAUUGAAAGUGUAGCACCAGACCAGAGCUUUUCCAAGUAUGCCACAACAUUUCAGACAAGACCAUUACAACCAGUUAUAAAAGUCGAACGGAGUGCAGAUCAGCAGGUUAAGGUAGAUAAAAUUACAGACCAAGGUCAAGUCAAGGUAGAGAAGGCAGAACAGGUUAAAGUGGACAGACCUGCGGAGCAGGCCAAAGUCGACAAAAUCAUAGACCAAGUCAAGCCAGUUGUAGAUCAAGGCAAAGUUGCGGAAGUUAGGCCAGACCGCUUUCCAGACAAACAAAUUAGAACAGAUAAAAUGCCAGAACAAACAAAAAUAGACAAAAAUACAGACCUGGGUAAAACAGAUAGAUACUGUGAAAAACAAAGUAUACUUGAUAAACUGGUAGAGAGGAUUCCAGACAAACCAAUAAAAAUUGAGAGAAUUCUAGACAAGCCAAGUAAAUUAGAGAGAGUUCCUGACAAGCAAGUCAAAGCAGACAAAAUUCCAGAAAAGCUUAAGGGAGACAAGAUAUCAGAAAAACAAAGUAAAUCAGAUAAAUUGACAGACAAGCUCAUUAAGGCAGAGAAACAGACAAAAGCAGACAUAAGUGUAGAACAGGUAAAAGCUGAGAAAGUCACCGACAAACAGACAAAGGCAGACAAAUCAAUGGAAAAGGGUUCCUCAGAAAGCGUGUCCAUAGUAAAGACAGAUGAGCCUGAGAAAAAGAGUGUAAAAAAGAAAUUAAGUGAAACAAUUUUUUGCCUUGUGUCAGUCCCUCUUUCACAAUCUAGUGGAAAGUCAAGAGAUCAAAACAACAAUGAAGAAAAAGAACCUGAGUCCCCUCGUAUUCCUCCCCCUCCACCUCCAAGCUCCUCAAGUGAAAACAGCAACACCCUUGGUUCUUUGCCAAACCAAAGCCUCAAAAGCACAUCCACCACCUCCACUGAUUUGGAAUUACAGGCACUUACACUUGGCAGUGCUUCCAGUAGCAUAAUCACCAGAAGAGCUCAUCGCAGGAGAAACUCUCGCACUAAAAUAAUUAAGCCAAACCCCCAUGAUGAGCUGAGACGAUACUCUGGUGCUUGGCCAGGGGACCAGUAUCGUGACCAGGAAACUCAAACUAGUCCUGAACUUGCAAAGAGUGCUCAACAUCCAGGUCCUGAUAAGAUGGAAGCACAAACACUGCCUGCUGUUCCAGAAGCAGAAGUCCCUGCUGAAAGUGGGUCAGGAGUUCCAGGUACUUCUGGACCUACAGGAGGCACAGGGGCUGCAGGAAAUCCAGGGCCUUCAGGGGCUACAGGAAAUCCAGGACCUACAGGAACUUCAGCAGCUGCAGCAGCCCCUGGGGCUUCAGAACCCAGUACUCCAUUUGGGUAUACUAUGAAAGGUCAGAAAAGUCUAAAACCAUCCAGCAACAGUGCCUUUUCGAGAACAGGCACCUUCAAGAGCACAGGAUCACACAGACCCCCAUUGCAUCCUCCUCCACAUCCACCACCACCACCCCCAAACCAACCACCAUCCCAACCACCACCACCUCCUCCAACACAGCCUCCCCUGAAAUCCCCCCCCUUGGAUCAGGCUGAAGAUUCAAAGUCAGUUUCUGGCCCUAACCCAGAUACUUUCGGACAGUUCCUCUUAAAACCAGUGUGCCGAAGGUCAUGGGAUGCAAUUGAGGAGUUAGAAUCCAUUAAUAAGGAAUUGCAGGAGCAAGCAGGUAAGCGUCCUAGUGUGGACCAGUGCAUUGAAGAUCUUAAUGAGGCCUACAAAGAUAUCCUGGAGCUUACCACUGCCAGUAAUAACCUCUCCAGCUGUUCCUCCAUGCAAAUUCCUGACCGUAUAAAAGCAAGACUGUCUGCUGAUCCACUGGGAAUGCCUGCAACUACACUUAGGUCCAGCCUAGUACCAGGAAGUGACCCAGAAUACAGAGAAGUUAAGAGUGCCUUUUCCCGACCAUCAACAGGGAAGAGUGUUAGCUUCAGCAAACAGCUGAGGGAGGAGAUUUGUCCAGCAGCUCCUCCCCCAGAAACAGGUUUCAGAGAUUAUAAAACAGUUAUGGCCCAGAUAACUCAGCGCAAAGCCUGCAGAUCAGUGAAGCUAGAUGUUUCAGCUACUAAAGAAACCAUAGUCAAAGAUGAGAGUUUGACUGCACACACCUCCUCUACUUCAUCCAUGUCAGCUGAGGCCCCAUGGGGAGACAGGCAGCCCAUGCAGGAUGCCUCCACCCUAACAAGCCCCCCAGACUAUGAGCACAUUUGUCAAACACUCCAAAUGGCCCGUGAAUCUGGGGUGAUCAGUCGAGGGGCUUCUGUAAAAUCCAAACCAGGUAGUGCUAUGAGCAUUGAUAAUCAGCAGCAUGUGGCCAUGCCUAGUGGAUCUGAAGUAGACUUGGAGCAACCAUGCUGCUCAUUAGCAUUAGAUAAUGAAAAUAAUUUAAGACAGGAGCCAAAGUCUUUAUUGAGCGAAGAAAGAACCCCUGGCUUUAGAAGAGUACCAAACCAGAGUAACAAACUCCUUGCUAACAGAAAUGUGCUGGGUGGUACUACAAGUGGCAAGUCAAUAGGAGACAAAGCAGGUUUAGAGGUGAACCCAGAAGUACCAGCUGACUGGCAGAUGCAGCUGUCACUAGCCGAGAAGCAUAUUGCCACACUUAUUACAGGGGAAGGGUCCAAUCCUGGGUCAGUUGAGGUUUUAGUUGAAAUUAUUGACAAUAUGAAUGACAUGAAAGACAAUGCUGCCAUUAGGAUUGAAGAUCAAACAAACAUGGGACUGGAAGAAAACAACACUGAAACCUGUGAACAAAUUGAUACCCAAGUAGAAGUGCAAGAGACUGAAAAAGUUCAAGAACCUGAAAGUCAUUUCACUCUAUUAAUAAGAACUGAUGGUGAUAUUAAACAGAAUAAAGAGGAGGAGUCAGCAAUAGAAACAAAAGAUUUCCAACAGGAAGACUCCAUGGAUAAAUGCACAGAAUUAGAAGAGGAAGAGAAUGAGAUAAUACAUGAUCCCAACAAGGAACCAAGUGUGAUCUUAAGGCCAAACAAGGCUGCAAUGUGGACUCAUUCAGGUGUAGACCCAGGUCUUCUGCCAGAGUUUCCACCAGAUCAUCUUCCCCUGUCUGUGUUAGCUCAUACAAAUCGUAGAUUAUCUUUAGAGUUGGAUUUGGAGAGAAGUGGCUGGGAAGGAGCUAUGUGGAACCUUGGAGGGGGCUGGGCAAGAGAAAGGAGAUCCCUAGAUGCUGAGAGGCAGGACUUAGGUGAAGAUAGGUGGGGUUUAGAAAGUGAUAGACAACAAUCCAGUGGGGAAAAGCGUGGUCUAGGUGGUUGGCGUGGAUGUGGGAUUGAUAGGCAGGGCUCAGAUGAUUCAGAUUGGGAUUUAGAGACUGAUUCCCAAAACGUAAGGGAUAAAGGAAGAGUUGGAGGGGUAAAAAAUUGGAGCCCUAAGCAAGGGAAGGAUCAGAAUGAAGACCAAAGCAGUAACUUGUCUAAUAAAGACUUAGUGGAAGACCAACUUAAUUUGGUAGAUGAACAGAUUCAAGGUGCUGAAGGAAGUCCAGUGGUCAAGGAGAUGCAGGGCUCAGUAAAAAGGGGUAGAGUGCUUUCUCAGCGAAUUGAGGCCUUGCAUGAUUGUUUUAUAGCCCCACCUGGACAUGGAUCUGAAGAGAGACUUGCCCGUAUGAGAGAGGUGGACACUGUCUCCCGCAUGAGACGCCUUAGCCUUCGUAGCACAGACUCAUGGGAUGGACUCUAUGGGGUGGUCUUUGUUUCUAGUGCUGAAGAACUGGAGAGGGAUGAUAGACAGUCUCUCCCUUCAUCCCAGGAACUUCCAAACACAGCAGAGAAUGAGGAGAGAGAAGUCAAUGAGCCCUGCUCAGACGGCAAUGAGCCUUGUGAGACACAAGAUGACCAUCCAAUUUCAGCAGAGUCAGAGGAGCCCAGCCAGGUGGAGAAGUCAUAGUUGAACCAUGAAUUCAUAAAUCAGGGGGUGAAGGGACAUCCAUUGCCACUAAGAGCCAGCUUCCAACACUGUGACCUGGCUGUCUGCUAAAUGCCUUCAUUUUCACAUUAUACUCGCACAAGAACACUCAAGACACACACACACACAUAUACACAAACACACACACAUAUAUAUAUAUAUGAACACAUACGUUGACAUGCAUUUAUGCACUACAUUAUUUCAUAAUGCAUAUGCAGACAUAACAUGUAAACAGUUUCACAUGCACCUCAGUUCAUCAUCAUGAAUUUUAACAUGCAUUCAAAUAUAAAUGCACACACACAUACACAGAUAAAAAUGGCCUUCUCCGACAAGAGCAUUGUGUAUCAACUUCACCAUGCCUGCUGGGUUUCUUAAUGUUGCUGCUCCACUGCCAGAAGGAGGCAUGACCCUACCGCUCCUGUUCCCAAUCCUACCUUACUCAAUUUCUCAUGGGAGUCUUUGAACUGCUAUGGCCCAACCUUCCAAAUUUUAUUAAGAGAAAAUGUAAUGUAUUGGAAGUAUAACACAAUUCAAAGAGGUUUUUGUAAUAUAUAUCAACCAAUAGCUAUAGAUUCCCAUUUUACUAUGGGCCAAACUUUGUACAUGCAUAGGACAGCCAAAUAAUUGUUGCUGAAUUAGCUUUCAUUCAUUAUAAGCCGCAUUCACAAUGUUUGGUUGAAGUAUCCCUUUGAGCAACUCCUUAUCCCCACAGUCUAUACCUUUACCUAAUAUUGAUUCCAUAUAAAAAAAAACCCUAUGGAUAAAUCAUGAUUUCCUUGCCCACUAUUAAACCCCUUUUUAAAUUAAGAGGGGGGAAAUCGUAGCAGCGUCUGUUCCUUCUCCUCCUCUCCACCCAGUGCUUCUCUUCUGACGACCUUGUGGAACUUGUCAGUGUCAAUUGUCAGAUCCUGUGGUCUACUUGUAGUCCAGUAUAAUUCAUAUGUCCAGACACCAUUAUUGUCUGUAUUCCUACAUGUUAUCUUCAUUUUUAUUUUUAAUCCAAGUAUUGUGGAGGAUACAUUUGUUUGCAUUUGUUGUACAACCAUUACCUGAGCUAUUCAAAAACUAAGCUCCAUCUGAGAUGGGCAGCUGUAGCAAGUUGAAGAGUAGUGGCUCAAGAACUGUUUUACUUUAACAGUCAACAGCGAUCUAAGACGUCUAAAACAUUUUCUUUUGAUCCAUAAUCUCUAUCUCUAUUUUCAGCACUCUGUAACAUAAUGUCCCUAAACAUAGAACGCUCUACAGUACAUAUUGUAUUGACUGAAACCAUAGAUGUAUUUUAGAUGAAAUAGAAGUGUGGAUAGAAUCAACAUUUUAGUAUUUGAUGAACCAACAUUGCACCUUGUGAAUGGAAAGUUAGGGAAAAAACAUAUUUUGCUUAAAUGAAAGAGGAUAAAAGGUAUGGAGUAGCCUUUUUGAAAAAAAAAUUCAUUAAUGAUACACCUACACAAAAGAGACACAAACAUGACGUUUCAUAUGUCCAAUAUCAAAAUCACUAUCAAUAUUUGUAAUAUGAUAUGUCAAAUGCCAUUGAUUAACCCAGGUUUGGGAUACCUUUUUUCAGGCAAUGUAAAUUUUUAAAAACAGGGUCCAGAUAUGAACAUAAUUAAGUUUUUUUGUGGUGUCUCUUUGCCACCAGGUACAGCAGGAAGCAAUAAAUGCUAACAAUUAUUUGUGAUUCAGCAUAUAAACAUGUACAGAUUUUAGGAAUUCAAGUAGGAAACAAGUUGUUAGGAAAUGAUUUGAGAAGAUGCAAUGAAAAACAUAAUAUAUCAUGAUGACACACACCCAUUUUGAUAAUAGUGUUUAAAAAGAAAGCAGGGUUUUAAAGAGGAAAGAUAGAGUGUACGGUAUGACAGGAUAUAUGUGUUUGAUAGCUAGCGCAAUGUCGUCCAACAUAAAGCUCAGUGACUGUAAAAUAUGUUUGAGCCAGGAUGUGUAAAAAAUGUCAUUUGUCUAACUGUCGCUCAACAAGAAACGUUUCAGAUUGCGUGUGUGCAUGUGUGCGUGCAUGAAUAUUCGCUUGCUCCCCUGUCAUUGCUUUCCAUGUGCCAUCCAUGUAUUUAAAAAUAACUGCAUUUCACUGAAUAUUUAUUUUUCUUAUCAUUGAAAUUGUUAAACAGGCCAGAUAAUGUAAAAAAAUAAAGUAUAUUUUAAAUAUUUUCUGAAAUAUUUUGUAUUUACCAUAUUUUAUUUCUUUGUUCUUGGAUCCAGUUCACAGUAUCAUAUUGCUGUAUAGUGCAGGAAGAAGAUAUAUAAUUUUCUAGUACAUAAAAAAAACAAUAGGGUAAAUUUAGCUGAGCUAAGAAUAUCUCUGUUAAAACACCUGCAGUAUGCCUUGUUCUUGCUCAGAAAUUUGUGAAUGAUAAAGAGUUGUCAUUGUAUACUUUGAUAACGAUGUGGAUUUCAGCUUGUGCUUGGAAUAUGUAUCAUACUGCUGUAGUUAAAUGUGUAAGAACUUCGGUCCAUACCUGGAACUCUGUAGAAAUAUGUCAGUAUUAUGUUCACAUUUAGUUGAUUGGUUGUUUAACAAAAUCCAGUCAGCAGCCUCGAUAACCUACAGAGGACCAGCUUUCCAGGUGCAUAUUAAGUCUAGUUAUGAAUCCCAAUAUCCAAUAAUAAUUAAAAUUCUCUUUCUGUCCAAAGUUAGUGUUGACAUAAAAACAGGGCCCAAAGUUCAUACGGUAGCCUACAGUGUUAAUGAAAAUAUGUCACCUAUGUUUCUUAAAAGCUAAAUGUGGCCUUAUUUUCUUUGAGCAUUUGUAUGUCUUUUAUUCAGUGUCACGUCAUGUCAUGUCUAAUUUUUUUUUCUAGAACGAAAAUAACCUUUCAGUCAUACAGCCAAAUAUUUUUUAUUUCUGUGCAAAUCUUAUAAGCUAAAGUCAAGCUGAAAGGAAUAUUUGUAGCACAUGGACUGGAACUGUUCUCCCUCCCACCUUCAUUCCACAGGCCCAUAACUGUUACUAUUUCAUGGCAUUUUCAUGAACGAUGUAGCAUUAUCGCCAUUGUAGCACUUGGAGAAUGCGCAUUGUGGGAAAAGUAGAUGAAAUUCAUCAUUCUUUUUUGGAAGUUGUGACUUGAUUGAACUCAACAGUAAUGCAGUGUAUACCUUUAAAGCAUAAACUGCUCUUUACAUUUUGCUACAUGCUAUGGGGUGCAAAGAGUGACAUGAUUUCACAUUUUGAUGCAAAUUUUUUCCAUAACCCUUGAGGACUCUGGGUCAUUAUUCAUGUCACAAAACACAAACCACAAUAUUGGUUCCAUGUUUGUAAAUGGUUAGGCGUUGAAAUGUAAAUAUGUUA